AUGUUUUUAAAGUAUAUUAAGUAUUCAAUUCUUCUAAAAAAGCUAAAAAAGGAAACGUAUCAGAAGCUCAUGUAAAAAAAAAAAACUUAAACUAAAAAUAAAAAAAAAAAGAAUAAUGACAUAGGUCGAAGAAUCCUUAUAAUAAACGGAACUACAUAAAAUUCUAAUUAUAUAUAAAUUCCAGAUCCAUAAUAAGGUAUUUAAUCUUUAGGAUUAUUAGGUCGUUAUGUAUAUUUAGAAUUUUUACCUUUUGAAGGUAAGUAUUUUAUAAUCCAUUUAGAUUUUAACAUAAAAGGAAUGCUAAAUACAUAUCGAUUAACAAUAUCUAAUAUGUUCGAUAAAUACAAAGUAAUCGAAAACAAUGUUUUAUAAAUACCUUAUCCCUAAAAUGCCCCUUUAAAAUGGACAAUAAUGGUACUCGAUAUCUAAUACCAUCUCUAAAGUUUAGAAUUAUAAAAACUAAACCAAUAAGAAUUCAUCCAUAUCCUAAAAUAAGUACAAAUAUGUUCUACAUUAUCUUUCAGAGGACUAUUUACAGCCGAUAUAUGCUAUUCUAUAUCUAACCUUCCCAAAGAAUUAGAUUUCAAACCAAUCAAAAACCGCUAAUGGAGUGGAUAAUACUAAAUCGUGUAUUAUCCAACUGAAAUCGAUCCCGAAUUUUAAAAUCAACAAGAAGAAGAAAAAAUACAACAAAAAGAAAACAAGAAUUCCAAUAAAGAAAAUCUUUAAAAAUCACCAUAUUCUCAAAAAUCUCCCAUUAAAAAUAAGGCUGAAGAAUUAGAACAAAUAGUGUCAAAAUUAGAUUCGGCUCAAAAUACUAUUCCCUAAAAGAACUACCUCGUCGAAAAUCUCGUCAAAAAAAAUGCAAUUUUCCAAAAAGAAGAAAACUCAGAAAAUCAACUCCGUCCAUAUCCCAUAUGUAACCUUUCCCACACUAUCGGAUUUUCCGCUAAUUCUUGUAAAGAUAUUAAAUGGUCAAAAUCAUAAGACCUACCCGAUGAAAUAAUAUAUACAUCUGGUUCUUUAUUAAUAUCUUCAGAUACAAAAACUCCAAAACAGCGCUUUUUCCAAGGACAUACAUCCCCUAUAUGCUCAUUAGACGUUUCAAAAGACGGGAAAAUGCUCGUUUCAGCUUAAUAGGGAAAAAAAGCCGUCGUAAGAAUCUGGGAUUACCUAAGCGGUGAUUGUAUAACAGGUUUUUAGUGUCCUUAUACUAAUUUAAAAUGUGUUUCAUUAUCUUAUGACUCAAAGCUAUUAGCCACAGUGGGUACAGAUGAAUUAAAUAGAGAUUUAAUAAUCAUUUGGAAUAUCGUAGAUAUCUAAAACAAGAAAAACCGGAACUAUUUGCCAAAUAAAUAAGUGAAUUUAACAUUAUAUCAUUAAAAUAUUCUCCAACGGAAAUUGACAAACUUGUUUCUUGUGGAAAGGAAAAUAUCCGUUUUUGGAGAAUAAAAAAUUAACACUUACCCGGUAAACCUGUAAUAUUAAACCAUCAUGCCCGAAAUAAUAUUUUUUUAGUUUUAGAUUUCGAAUUUUCAUAUGACGAUCCUUCCGCAGUGA